AUGGCUCUCUCCCAUAGACCAAGACGUUCAAGAAGUCGAAGUCCCGCCCAGUCGUUGGUUUCCAAUUUUUCGAAGCCUAGUACACAAUCUCAACCAAAGCGUCGGAUUCGUAAGAGCUGGACUUCGAACAUGGCAAAAAGUCCUUCAAUAAUGUCCUUUUCGAAAGGCCAGAGAAUAUCAGUCCAUGUCGGCGAGCUACUACACGCACCUCCAAGUCCUAGAUACCAUCCCUAUUCCCAAUCACCCGGUUCCAACUCGACGUUGGGACUUGCACCAGUAAUGGGUGGUUUGCAGACUCCAUAUGACAGUAGAUCGCUACUUGUACGUCCAGAAUUAUCAAGAUCAAGAUCUACAAGCAAUUCAAGUUCUGUUGGACCCUUCUCAAUAGACUGCGGGGCGAUUCAUGCGCAGCCAGCAGAUAUAAAUCCACGAAGCACGAGAAGUCCAACAUCACCAUUGGAUCAUUUCGAGAAAUGGUUUCCAGACUCCCCUACAGAAGCUCCACAGCCUCUAUUUCAUGAAAAGGCAAGAAAACAUAUCAGCAAGGCACUACCACCAGCCCCAUUUCACGUGUUCGAUCCAUCGAAAAAGAGGCAACUAGUGGUACUUGUGACCUUUGUUGCUAUCCUGUCGCCAUUGUCUAUGAGUAUUUAUUUCCCAACGAUUCGGGCUAUUUCGAAUGACUUCGACGUUAGCAUAACACUAGUACUACUUACUAUCUCCAUUUAUAUCAUCAUUCAGGGUAUUGCACCAUUCUUUUGGCUGCCGCUGUGCGAUGCCUUUGGUAGACGCCCGAUGUUCAUUAUAACACUGAUCAUAUUCCUCGGAGCUGAUGUUGGCCUGCUUCUAUCCAACAGUUUUGUGACCUUGACAAUGCUCCGCGGCCUUCAGUCGUUUGGCACAGCUGCUUUGACUGCUACGUGCCAAGCAGUAAUAGGGGACAUAUCCACACCCCAGGAGAGGAAGAAGUAUAUUGGCUUCUUUGGAGCGACCUUAACGUUUACCUUUGUGAGCCCCACAAUCGGUGGAUUACUCACUUAUUUCGCUGGCUGGAGAGCAAUUUUCUGGUUUCUUGGCGCGUUCGGCCUCAUCGCACUUGUCCUAAUUAUUCUUUUCCUGCCAGAAACGCUUCGCAGUAUCGCAGGAAAUGGCUCUUAUCGCUUGGGGUACAUACACCAGCCUCUAAUCAACAUGAUUACAUCAUCUCAUGACGCUAUACUAGAGCCUGACUCUGACGACUGUUUCAAAAUAUCUUUGACAUUUUUGACUUUGAGAUCAUUUGUGGAACCUUUGUUUUGCCUCAAACAGAAGAACGUCUUAAUCUCUACAAUUUUUGGUGCUGUCACAUUUGCAAUCUUUACUACAACGAUCGCAACGACAACUACAAUGUUUAAGGAACAUUAUCAGUAUUUAUCCUCACUUUACAUUGGUUUAGCGUUUCUGCCAGCAGGGGCUGGUUCAGUCUUCACCUUUUUCUCCAUCGGAUACCUGAUGGACCACGACCUCAAAGUGACAGAAAUUCAUUACCGUCAUAUGCAUGGCCUCGAUGCCUCUGAUAUUCUCAACUUCAAGUCGCUCGAAGACUUCCCAAUUGAACGCGCACGGUUACGAAAUUUGUGGUGGAUAACUUUGAUAUUCAUCAGCACAGUUGGAGGCUAUGGCUUCUCUUUUCAGAAGAAGUCCCAUUCGAUAGCCGCUCCUUUGAUAAUACAGUUCAUCAUUGGGGCUUCCGCAACCGCCAUACUUCUUCUCAACAGUGUCCUUAUUGGUGACUUGUCUAGACAAAGAGUAUCGGUAGGUCCUGCCAUGAAUCUGGUACGAUUCCUCUUGACUGGACUCGCGAUAGGCACUGUUCAACCCAGUUUGGACAAAAUUGGUUCUGGUUUCACAUUCCUGGCCAUGGCACUCAUCAUGCUCAGUGCAACCCCAACCAUGCUUCUAUUAUGGUUCUUUGGAAAGCCAUGGGUUGCGAGAAGGAACAGUUCGUGGCCGAAGCCCAGACUUAUCAAAUUCUCUGGAUGGCAAAUCGGCAAUGGUUUGACCGAUAAAAUCAAAGACAUACGAUGGCCUGAAGUUUUCAAGCGAUAA